CAAAACGAAUCACAGCGUCUAGUCUGCCGGAAAAUCACACAAAGACGUGACCAAGAACAAUUUCCAAGUUAGCGUUUUUAUUGUUGUUAUUUAAACCUUUAUUAACACUCUUGAACUCAAAAUAUGACUAAUUUAACUGCACAGCGUCACAUAUUUACCCCACGUAGUGUUUAAUUCGCGUUGGAGACAGGACUUGGUUGAUACAUGGUAUAUAGGUAACGCUAGCUGCUAACGUUAGCUAACAAUGGCUAACUGUAUGGUUUUUCACACUCAAAUAGCCUCAAUCAUGGAGGUGCUAGCGAAUGCAGCCGUGGCAGAGAUUUGUAAACUCGUAGACGACGACUAUGCAGUGUUUCGUUUGGAAAUAACUCAAAGCCAGAAAGAAAACCGGGCAUUACGGAGGAAACUACUGGAACUGAAGGUGGCACGGGAGCGCGCAGAGAGGACAAUGCGAGAGCGCGUCCUCGCCAGUCGUCCCAGUAGUGUCAGAUACAGAGCACUGGCAAGAGGUGAAGGCCACAGGAGUUUUGUGAAGCCAGCGGGACACAAUACAUGGAGAGAUGACCAACCAAUCACUGUUGAUGAGGGGAGUGGAACCUCAACCCAGCAUGUUAUUGUGAUAGAGUCUGCAGAGGCUUCAGUUCUAGGGAUCAAGCAGGAGAGGUCUGAAGGAGAGGAGGAGCCACGGCACAGCAGAAACAUCCAGACUGGAGCACCCCCUAUAGGCACAGAGAACCCCACCACCACCCCAGCGCAGCCCAGGACCCGAUGCAGCAUCACGGAGGAGGGGGAGGGUCCAGAGGUGCUGCUGGUGAAGGAGGAGGGGUGUGAGGAGGGUCUGGGGAACCCUGAGGGGACCAUGAUCAUGGAGGUCAACCCGACUCCACCUCCUCUUGAACGCACAGAGGAACCAGCUGAGCAGCACAGGACCACACACAGUCUCACUCAGCCAGUAGACAUGGAGGAUGGGAAGCCUGAUCUGCUGCUGGUCAAAGAGGAGACAAUAGAAGAAGAAUCAGAGAGCAUUGACCUGCUGAGUGGAUUAAAGAUGGGGGAGCAAGGUGGUUGGCUGGAGACUGAUAGUGGAGACUGGGCGGCCAUCUUGGAUUACCAGACGGGUACAGCCAAGGGCCCAGGGGACGACAUCACAGAGCAGGCCAGGACCAAAGGCGACAUAGUUGAGUCUGCAGUCCAUGAGGACCUGCUGAUAUCCGGUGUUGCUGGCUGGAAAUACUGGCCCCGGAUCAGAACCCUGGAUCAGGAGCCAUCGCUCUUCCUUCCCGAGUCGGAGCCAGGACCCAACCUAGAGGGGCAGAGACGCCACCAACACACAGAACACAACCAGUGGACAGAGGGACUGAACAACCUCAGUCCUGGUGGUCAUCAGAGAGACAGAGGCUCCAGUCAGGGAUCCAGUCUGCAGCCCAGACCCUUCUCUUCACAGUCUCAGUGCAGGGAUGAAGCAGGACCUGAGGCUGAUAGAGAUAGACCCUCCUGUUCCUAUGAUACAAACACCACAGUAUCCAUGAUGAACAGAGCAGGUCACCCUGGGCUUCAGCCUUCACAGAGAGUGAUGGGAGACCCCCCUGGUGGUAGUCUAACAGGAAGUCUGUCUUCUCCUUCAGGUUCUCGUCUAAUGCCUUGUGACUGGGUUCAUAGAAGGCCUGGGACUGGACCUGGGUCUAGCCUUCCUCAGUUACCUCAGGGUUACCCCACCAAUACAGAUAGGGUCAGGAUGGGUGUUCACCACAAGAGGUACCUAGCCUAUAACACAGCACACAAUCCCAACAACACUCAAACAAUGGCUAGAGGUCAAGGAGGGAGCUCAAAGACUAACCACCUGACGGUGGUGGCUCCUGCUUCUACCUCCUCUGGUGUCAUUGGGCCACAACGUAAGAGGCCAAGCAAUAGGACGGACGCUGACAAGCUGUUCUCCUGCUCCACGUGUGGGAAGCGCUUCGCUGAGGCGAGCUAUGUGAAGGAGCACCAGACCGUUCACACCAAGGAGAGGCCCUUCAAGUGCAAACUAUGUUAUAAGAGCUUCUCCUUCCGGAGUAGCCUUAUCAGACAUAGGAGUGUCCACAAUGGGGAGAAAUCAUAGCAGUGUGUCUUCAGAUGUACGCAGGGGAUGUCUGGAAACCAUUCUUUAGCUGACAUAUUAUAGUUAUCAUGUGAAGUGUCCUGGAGUAAGAGCAGUGGUGUUCUGGAGGGUGUACGCAGGUGGCCGUAUACCCACUUAUUUUUCAGUGGGCAAUGAGUAUAGUCGCUUCUUAAUCCCCACGAUGCCUAUCAAAGUAGUGCAGUGGAGGUAGAGACUGUGUCAAUAAAGCUGAUGGAGCAGAUCUAGAAUGUUUAUCUUACAAUGUUGAUCAUUUAUUAUUUAUUCACAUCUUCGCAAUGUGCACACGGUGGUAGGCCUACGGGCAAAUGAUCCAAAAUGCAAUUUGUGGCGAAAAAAAACGUGGCUACUUCAAAAUGGAGAUCGACUCAGUGGCGCUGCCCAUGCUGCCACAGACGCCAUAAUGGCACGGAUACAAUGAUGAGGCCUCUUUCCAUCUCUAAGUUUUGGCCUGACUGUGAAAGACCAAUAUGGAUUCUAUCAUUUUAGGUCAUUCAGAGUGUAUGUCACUGUUUCACAUUAAAACAAUUACAUAGGGCAGGGCGCCUUCGCAUUUGGGAUUUUUAUUUUGCACCACUUCACCACUGGGUAAGAAGACAAUUAACCGCUCAUUAGCCCUUUGUUAACUUAUCAUUUGAAACAGGAUUGUGUAAAUACCUGUUUUUAUAGAGACAGUAAACCAAGGCUAGAACAAGGACAGUUGAAUACUUACCUUGCUGAGGUGAAGUAGAUGGAAUAAAGUCAUUAUUUUGUAUUUUAUUCUUGCUAACACUGUUCUUUCUAAACAAGUCUGCUCUCAGCUUGAAAGAUACUGAUCAUAGGAGUUUUUGGGGCUCUAUUUUCACCUGGCGAUAUGGCAGGGCAAGCUCACGUUAGUUCAAAUUUUACUAUGUUAAAAACGGACACUGGCAUUUUCCACCCCAUGUGCCAGGUUCAGCAAUUUUUGUCUAAUCUCAGCUCACUAGCUCUGAGGUGGGAGGGGUGGUAAUAUUUAAAGUGUGUCGUUGAAAACAAGUGCAAAAGUCACAAUUUCAUUCAGCGCAUAUCGAGACAUUUAAAACCAAGGAAAAGCAGAAAAGCAGGUCAUAGUUGUAACUGGCAUGGAUUUUGUGAGCAGAAGUGCAACCUAUCCAGCUGUGACGCAAAUUGCCCUUCUACUAAUAGAGCAAGAGAAGAUAUGUACUUUUUGUGCUGGUAACCCUUGUAUUAAUAAACAAGGCUGGUUUUUUUGUCCUGCCCAUUGGGUUUGCCAAGUAGCCAAGCCUAUCAAUAAAGGGUUUUGCUCGUGAGACUGCUUAGAAAUACAGUGCCCUCUGUAAUAUUUGGGACAGUGACAGAUUUUUUUGUUGUUUUGGCUCUGUACUCUAGCAUUUUGGUAUUUGAAAUUAUACAAUGACUAUGAGGUUAAAGAGCAGACUGUCAGCUCUAAUUUGAGGGUAUUUUCAUCCAUAUUGAGUGAACAGUUUAGCACUUUUUGUACAUCGUCCCCCCAUUUUAGGGGCCGAAAAUUAUUGGGACAAAUUCACUUAUGUGUAUUAAAGUGGUCAAAAGUUUUGUAUUUGGUCCCAUAUUCCUUGCAAGCAAUGAUUAAACCAAGCUUGUGACUACAAAUUUGUUGGAUGCAUAUUCUGUUUGUUUUGGUUGUGUCAGAUGAUUUUGUGCCCAAAUAAACGGUGAAUAAUG